AUGGCGAAAUUUAGACGACCUUACGCCUCGGUGGUGGUGUAUGUUGAUUUGGCUUACAGUCAUCAGAUUGCUGUUUCUUCUUCUUUUCUGUGUCCAUAUUUGUCAUGGUGUAUGUUGAUUUGGCUUAAAGUCAUUAGAUUGCUAUGGGCUAACCUUACUCUUCGUGGUCCAAUUAAAAGCCCAACAAGCAACCCAAUUCGGACUCAUAUCAACGGAGUUGGCCCAGUCCAGAACAUAUGCCCUCGUUCCUUCCCCCUUCCGAUCGCUCCUACCGUCACUUUCCCGAAUCCAAUGAAGCGUUUUUCUGUUUCAGUUUCGCUCAAUUCGCAAGCGAGUUAUUAUGAAAUAAUUCGUAAGCAAUUUUUUAGCUCAAGUUUAAACCGAGUUCGAAACUCAGAAAAUGGGUUGGAAUCGAAGUCACUGUACAGGAGAAUCUCGCCAUUGGGUGACCCAAAUGUCUCAGUAGUACCAGUCCUCGACCAGUGGAUCCGAGAAGGCAAUACUGUUGAUAAAUCACGGCUUCGAUAUAUAAUUAAUGAGUUGAGAUUUUACAAAAGAUUCAAACAUGCGCUUGAGGUAUCUCAAUGGAUGACUGAUAAACGAUACCUUUCCAUGAGUUCUUCAGAUGCUGCCAUCCGAAUGAAUUUAUUGUUUAACGUUUAUGGUUUAGAACAAGUUGAGAAUUAUUUCGACACCAUCCCAGCAAAAUUGAAAGUCGUUGCUCAUGUUUCCCUUCUCAACUGCUAUGUGCAUGCUAAGUCUGUGGAUAAAGCAGAGGCCAUUUUGCAGAAAGCUAGGGACAUGGGUUAUGCUACUAGACCAGUAUGGUAUAAUAUUAUGAUGAAACUCUACCAUCAAUUGGGAAACCAGGAAAAGCUUGAUAGUUUAAUCAAUGAGAUGAAAGAAAAGGGUAUUCCUCUUGAUCGAUACACACUCACCAUUCGUUUGAGUGCUUGUGAUAUGACCUCUGAUCCUGCAGGAAUAGAUAAAAUUUUAAGAAUUAUGCAAUCUGAUUCCAGUAUUGUUCUGGACUGGACUAUGUAUGCUAUUGUAGCUCAAAAAUACUUAAGAGUGGGUUUUGUGGAUAAAGCACUGGAGAUGCUGCAUAAAAUGGAGAGUUUGAUGGAUGAGACGAAGAGAAAGGAUCUUGCAGUAAGUUUCAUCCUCAACCUCUAUGCAGAAAUGGGCAAGAAAGAAGAGUUAUAUCGAAUAUGGAAUGAGUACAAACAAAACAACAAAGUCUUUAAUAAGGUUUACAUGAGCAUGAUACGGGCGUUAAUGAAGUUUGAUGACGUUGAAGGCGUUGAGAAGAUUUUUGAGGAAUGGGAAUCGAGAGGAUUAUCCUAUGAUUUCCGUAUUCCUAACUUCUUGAUUGAUGCAUAUUGUAGGAAUCAUCUUUUGGAGAAGGCUGAAGCUCUUUUAGACAGAGGAAUAUCGAAAGGUGGUGAUCCUAAUGCUACUACAUGGCGCCUUUUGGCAGGUGGAUAUAUCAUGAGAAAUCAAGUUUCGAGAGCUGUGGAAGCAUUAAAGAAGGCAUUAUCGACGUAUUCUCCAGACCCUAAGAACGAUACCUUGAUCACCUGCGUCAGAUAUCUGGAAAGGAAGGAAGACGUGGAAAAGUUCACGGGAUCUCUUUGUGCAGAGGGUAUUUCAUCUGCAGCCGUGGUUGAUGAAUUGUUUUCUUUUAUUAAGGAUGAGGAAUUAAAUUCUUGUGCACAAGAGCAAAAAUUGAAGGGCUGCUUGUGAUUUCACUUGCCUGGUAAGGGAUGGCUUGUGGAGUUGAAAAAUCGUCGUGUCAUCAAAGCUUGAAUGCUUCGGAAUCAACGGAACACAUGGGUUAUCCAAUUUCAACCAUUGUAGAUGCUAAUUUUUUUGCGCUGCUUUGUGGUAGGAGAAAUAACUAAACCUAUGCACGAAUAAAAAAUGAUACAAGUCGAGCCUUUGUAGUUAUGAAUGAAUUUAAUUGUUACUCAGAGCUUGGAAAUUUGAUCUUUUUCGAGGAUUAUUGCUAAAAUUGUAUAGAUCAGUAACUAAGAGACCAUAUAAGCCAUUAAGUUACUGCUCCAUUUGCAUAUGCAUUUCCCAUGCACUUGGUGUGGUGAUCGCCCUAUUGGCAGACUAUUUUAUGGUUUGAUCAA